GCGGUUCCGGUGGCGGUUCCCGGUGCUGGGUGUUCUUUCUUGACAGGCAGGUUUGUGCGCGCUCUCCCUUCGUAAGGACCGGCACCAGCUGCGGGUUUGAGCUCCUUUUUCUAUCGCUUCGCCAUUUUUCCCAAGGACUCGGUCCAGCUGUUCAAGAUGUCGUACAUGCUUCCACAUUUGCACAAUGGUUGGCAGGUAGACCAAGCUAUUCUUUCAGAAGAGGACCGAGUUGUGGUUAUUAGGUUUGGACAUGACUGGGACCCCACUUGUAUGAAAAUGGAUGAAGUUUUAUAUAGUAUUGCAGAAAAGGUAAAAAAUUUUGCAGUUAUAUAUCUUGUGGACAUUACAGAAGUACCAGACUUCAAUAAAAUGUACGAGUUGUAUGAUCCCUGUACUGUCAUGUUUUUUUUCAGGAACAAGCACAUCAUGAUCGAUUUGGGUACAGGUAACAACAACAAGAUUAACUGGGCAAUGGAAGACAAGCAAGAGAUGAUUGACAUAAUAGAAACAGUAUAUAGAGGCGCUCGUAAAGGUAGAGGUCUUGUGGUUUCUCCAAAGGACUAUUCUACCAAAUACAGAUACUGAUGUUCUUUUGGAGAUUGGUGCUGUAAUUCUUUGAGAGUGUGCAGAGGCUCUUCGGGCUUUUUGUGUGUGAAGAAUUGUGUUUUUUGUUUUUAGCUAUUUAAAUCCUUUGGGGAAAAUGCUUGAAAGAUAUAUGAAAUAAGGAGCUCGAACAUCUUUUUGGAAUAAGGGCUAUGUAACCUUACAUUUUCAGUGUAUUUUUAUAUAAUUAAAUAACUAUAAACAAUUCACAUCUGAAAAAAUUAAAAUAUAUGAAAAUGUGAUCACAGUCUGUUAAUGUGAUUUUUUUUGUUUUGAAACAACUUUGUGAUUGAGGAUUCUUUGCUUUUAGUUAAAAGUUUCACUAAAUUUUAAGUUCACUUAAAAUUAAAGGGCUGAGGGUUCACCUAGUUCACUUCCUACUUUAGCUGGUCUAUGUCUAACAUAUUUAGCCUUAUUCGUUAUCAUUAUUUAUUUGUUUUCUCUAUUUAAAAUCUCUGGGGAAGUUCAUUUUAUAACCCUAAAAGGUAAAAAUUCUUCUUUAAUAUUAACCUUCCUUGUGGCAAAUAAAACUCAUUUCUCUUAUUCUAGUAUAGGUUAUUAUUUCAGGACAAUAGAUUUAGAACUAGAGAGCCUAGAUAAAAAACAAAGGCCCAGAGAAGUCAAGUCAUUUCAUUUGUACCAAGGUCAUAUCUUGUAGUAAAAUAGAGCCAAAAUUUGAAUCUAACUUCUCUAAUUUCAGAUCAAGUACAUUUUCUGUUACAUCAGGCAGUCUUAUAGAAUAGCUCGUGUAUAUCAUAUCUCCAAUAUAUGGGGAGAGGGGCAAUUUUGCUAAUCGUUUGAAUGAAAUUGCAAAACAAGUCCUUCACUUUUUUUUUUAACGAACAUAUCAGAAUCUGAACUUCUAAAUUAAUGUCCUAAAUAUGUCACCUUGAGGUACUUGUUUCUAUAUGUUUCCAUUACUCAAAACAUUCUUUUAAAACCUCUUUCUUUAAUGUUUAUCCUUGGAGGUUGGAGAAUGAGGGUACAAAAAUGAUGGUGUCUUGCCUGAUCAGCUACUAUAGUCAUUAGAUUUGACCUCGAAUGUUUUUGGCUACUUUCCAAAAUUUACAUCCUCAAAGAAUAAAGAAUAAGAUUUGAUAGAGGAUAUUCAAAAGAAUGCAUUAUCAGGCUUUUGAGGGACUCCCCUUUUUGACCAAUGGCAGCAUCAUUGGGAUAGGUAUGUAGCCUGCUGAGGUGACACCUUUCAAAGGGAUGUUAUUUCAUCUUUGUCUCUUGCUCCCUCUGUCUAGAAUACUCCCCUUCAUCUCUGAAUCUAGGGAUCCCUUGUUCCCUUCAACUCAGCUCCUGUUCUGCCUCCCAACAUGAGGUGUUUUCUGAUCCCCAGCCCCACCACUAAGAAUGCUCUCCCUCAUCCUGAGGGUUUGUUCAUUACUACAUAUGUACUUUAUAUUUAUUUUUGUACCUGUUAUAUCCCUCCAGUAGAAUGUAAACUUCUUGAGGAAAAGGGACUGUUCUUUUUGUAGACCCUAAAAAAAAAUGGCUGCCCAGGGGCUAAAUCUUCCCUGUUAUCUACUGCUUACUGCCCCAAGCUAAGAAUGAUUUUUACAUUUUUAAAUACAACAAAACUUUAAAAUGUAAAAACUGUUCUUGGCUCUUGGACCUGUCCUUGACCUAGAACAGGGGUGGGGGCCUUGAGGCCACCUCUACAAAAAUGGGAUGAUGGCCUUCUAUCUGUAUAAGAAUUCAAAUUAUGUUCCUGAAUUUUCAUAGCAGUGCACUAACUUUCCUUUGUCAGAUGUAUAAAACAUCAAUCUUUUUAUUGGUAACAUUUAUGAUUGUUACUUCCAGAAGUUGUUAGAUAAUUUAACCAAAAAUGAUCUGUUGUCUUUUAGUUGUGAAAAUUUUACUUGAGACAUUUGAUAUUUGAGAGAAAAGGUUUAGUGUAUUAAUUAUUAUUUCCUCCAUGGUUUUAAAAGAUUUAUCCCUAUAUAAAUUAGAUCAUUAUGAAGCCAUGUGCAGAAGCCAUAUUAUGACAGCUCCCUAGAGAAACAUUUUCCCCUUGCUAGAAUUUAACAUAGCCCUCAGCUAUCAUAGAGGGUAGAGGGUUGAUACAAAAAGUCUAUUUGAGGGGUAUUACUGUAUCUCUUCCAAACUGUAACUGGUAAUAAUACCUAUUUAUAUAACACUGUGCUUUUUAUGAAAGGAUCCUAGAGGUGAAGUCCUCUUAGAAUUUAUUACCAAGAAAACUUUUUUCUUCCCAUUAAACUUGUAAGCUUCUUUUGGUUCUUCUGCUCCAAGUCUCCUCUUUUCUAAUCCAUUUUCCAUGCGUCUCUUACACAGAAAUCUUUAGUAGUUCCCUGUUGCCUCUAGGACACAAUUUAGACUUCUCAGCUGAUCAUUUAAUUAAUCAAGCAAGUAAUCAGUAAGUGUUAAGUGCCUACAAUGUUCCAGGCACUGUAUGAGGCACUGGAGUUAUGCACAUAAAUAAAGAAACAAUCCCUACAUAUUCAAGAUCUCUAUAAUCUGGUUCCCUUAUAUUUUCUAUUAUUUCUCCCCUUCACUUAAUCUAUAUUCCAGCCAAAUUUGUCAUUAUUUCUCUGAACUUGACAUGCCAUCUUCCACCUCCAGCCGUGCCUUUGCAUAGUCUGUUUCUCCUGUACUUAGAGUCUGCUCCCUCCUCGCCUCAACUCUAGCUUCCUUUAACAUUCAGCUAAGUUUCCACUUCCAUGGAAAACCUUUACAAAGCCACCUCUUCCCAUCUGCACCCGCCCUCCCCAAAUUAUUAGUGCUCUCUCCUUUAUUUUGAACUAUUCUGUAUUUAUUUGUCUGUGGAUUUUUAAUCUCCAGCUUCCUUCAAGUUUAGCUCAGGUUCCACCUCAUAGAUGAGGCCUUCCCUGCUCCUAUUCAUACACAGCUGUUAGUGUUACUCUAUAUACUUUGUAUUAUUUCUGUACUUGAUGUACACAAAUAGAAUGUAAGUUCCUUAAAGGGCAGUACUGCUUCAUUUAUGUCUUUGUAUUUUGAAUGCCUUGCCACCUAGUAGAUAUUUACAAAUGUUUCUUGAAUUGUUGAUAACAAGAACCCUACAUAUUUCCUCUUUGAUCUUAGCUGUCUAGAAGCUCCAAGCUGAUUUAUUGUUCACCUGCAGUAACAUUUACAGUGCCUAGUACGGGAGUUUUGAUGCUCCUUUUCAUAACUGAUUUUUUUGAGUUUUAAUUCUGUUCUAUUAUCUUGUAUAUGCCAGCUUUGUAAACCACCUCAUAUCAUUUUUGGAAGUGCAAAUCAUAAAUAAAAUGCUUUACUUCAUUAA